AUGCGUUCGAUCCAUCGCCGCUUGGAUGGCCUCGAGCUCCCGUUUCACUCCGCCCGCGUUGCCUACGAAAACGGCGAUGUCGAGACUUUGGUAGCAAUCAGAGAAGCCAUCAGGGGAGAAUGGGUCAAAUUACAACCCCGGCUGUCGCGCGAAGCAUCUGCCAUCUCGCAGUCAAUCUACGACGUGUUCAAGACUAGGGAUAUCGCAGAACUGCCCGAGUCAAAUCCACGCGUCGUGCCAUCAGAGACUAAGACGUCAAGUCCCGUUUCUACGAUGGAUGAGCUAAUGGACUGGGACUGGUCGGAAGUUAAAUGCGGGGUCCCCAAGCACGGUGAACCUGGCGUUACCAUUAAGGAGGAUAGUUGGAGGAUCUACAUUUACAAGGGCGGUAAAAUGUGGACGCGUCUGAAGACACCGCAGGCGGUACGCGAAGCAAAGGGACGAGGCAGAGGCGAUGGCAUACUUUGA